AUGGCAGCCUACUCAAGCCAUGCUUUGAAAACCAUCCCUUCUUCUUCCUUUGUGAAACCUGUCACUGCCAAAACAACAUCAUUCCUCACACCCUCAAAUACCAAACCUUUCUCACCAUUCACCUCAUCAAACCAUUCUCUCGUCAAAAGUCUCAACUUGAACUCCACUUUGCCACACUCUUAUUUGUCUUCAGUUCCCAAGAAAUCUUUCACUUGCAGAAGCCAGGCUCAGCCUGUUGACUCUGAAAAAGUCCAAGAACUGAGUGUGUAUGAAAUCAACGAGCGAGACCGUGGAAGCCCUGUUUAUCUUCGAUUGAGUUAUAAAAGUGUCAAUUCCCUUGGUGAUUUAGUCCCCUUUAGCAACAAGUUGUAUACUGGAGAUUUGCAAAAGCGCAUUGGGAUAACAUCUGGUAUUUGUAUUUUGAUCCAAAACAAAGCUGAAAAGAAAGGUGACAGGUAUGAAGCAAUCUUCAGCUUCUACUUUGGAGACUAUGGUCACAUAGCAGUGCAGGGACCCUACCUGACUUAUGAGGACUCAUAUUUGGCUGUGACUGGAGGAUCUGGAAUUUUUGAGGGAGUUAAAGGUCAAGUGAAGCUGCAUCAAAUUGUGUAUCCUUUCAAGAUUUUGUACACAUUUUAUCUAAAGGGUAUCAAGGAUUUGCCCCAGGAGCUUCUUGUGAAGACUGUUGAACCCAUUCCAUCUGUUGAAGCUUCCCCUGCUGCUAAGGCCCUUGAGCCUAAUGCUACCAUUGCUGGCUUCACAGACUAA